GGCCCGUGUUCCCCAUGCAGCCCUUCCCGACCGCCCGCAGGCCCUUCCAGCCGGAGUGCCUCCUGGUUAGCCCCGACCCCACAAGUUUCGGGAACUACGGUCCCUCCAGCGCCCUCCCAACAGGCUCCUCACGUGUUCUUCCAGCCACGCCCCUCCCUGGCCCCAGAAGCCCCGCCCUCUUCAGUAACCAGACCACAACAGUGAACUAGGAGCACCAAGGACAGGACAGGCACUCCAGCAGGAGUCCCACCCUCUUUGGGAAAGAUGCCUUUUGGACUCUCUGCAGGGAGCACCGGCUUCGAGACUGGAAACGAGGCCUUCCUAGAGGGAAUGGUAGAUUGGGAGCUGAGCAGACUGCAGCGACAAUGCAAAGUGAUGGAGGGUGAAAGGCGGGCCUACAGCAAGGAAUUCCACCAGCGCAUCAAUAAGCAACUGGAGGAGAUCCACCGCCUAGAGGAGGGGCGGGGCAAACUUCAGGUGCAGAUCAGCGUCGCCCAGAGCCAGGUCAAGCGGCUGCGGGACAACGAGAGGCUGGAGAACAUGGGUCACUUGCUGAAGUGCCGGGCCCAGGUGCAGACCGAGGUCACGGAGCUGCAGGAGCAGACCAGAGCCCUGGACAGGCAGGUGGGUCCUGAGGCCAGACUCUGUGGGUCCUACUUAGGGGCGAGUGUCGUAAUUGCUUUGAGACUUAGCUUCACCUCCUCCAGGGAGGAGGCGAAGACCAAGAUGGUAAUGCUGCGGGAGAGAGCGGACAAGGAGGUGGCCCAGAACGAGACGGAGGUGCAGACCUUGCAGCGGCAGAUAGCGCACCUGGAGAACCUACACCACUUCCUCAAACUCAAGAAUCACGAUAGGCAUCCGGACCCGGCCAUCGUGGAGAAGCGCGAGAAACGGGCCCGGAAGGUGGCCGAGGGCCUCCGGAAGACUUCCCAGGAGAAGCUGGUGCUGAGCUACGAGGACACCCUGAAUAAACUGUCCCAGCUGACCGGGGAGAGGGACCCGGACCUGCUGGUGGAGAAGUACCUAGAGAUGGAGGAGCGCAACUUUGCCGAGUUUAACUUCAUCAAUGAGCAGAACUCGGAGCUGGAGCAUCUGCAGGAGGAGAUCAAGGAGAUGCAGGAGGCCAUGGAGAGCAUGCGCACCAGAGAAGCUACCCGGCAGUCACUGCAAGAGCAGCAGCGGGCGGUGUUGCAGCAACGCAUGGCAGAAGUGCACACAGAAGCAGACAACCUCGAGGCCCUCUCCCAGAAAUUACAGGGGCAGCUGGAGAAGCUCAAGGCCGAUAUCCAGCAGCUCUUCACCAAGGCCCAGUGUGAUAGCACCAUCAUCAAUGACCUCCUGGGGAUCAAGACCCAAAUGCGGGACAGAGACAUAGGCCUCUUCCUGGGCCUCAUUGAGAAGCGGCUUGUGGAGCUCCUAACCGUGCAGGCCUUCCUAGCCGUCCAGAACAACACCUCCUCCAGUUUGGCUGACACCGCCCUCCUGGUGCUGGGCCAGAACCCUGAGGAUCUUCCUAAGAAGAUGGCCCCACCUCAGCUCCCUGACAAUCUGGAGGAACCCCCAGGCUUUGAGGCCAAGGAAGACUAUCCUCUGAGCAAGGAGGAGCUGCUGAGCCAAGUGAGGAAGUUGCUAGAGGCGCGGGAGCAAGCUCGGGAGCAGCACCUGAAGGAGCCGGUUGAGGUCGUGAAGAGGGUUGACAGCAGCUCGAACAUAACCGUCGCCGGUAUCCAGAAAACCAGCUCAAGCACACCCCCAGUGACCAACAGGAGCCUUAGUAAUGUCCGCGGGUCUAUCCUGAGCCACGGGACUGGUGGCAUCCUGAUGCCCAGUGGAGGCCAUGUAACCUAUGGCUCCACCAGUGGCAGCCAGGCCUCAACUGGGGGCCGUGUGACCUUCAGACCCCCCAGCUCUAGCAGCUACCUGGGGUCCACUGGAUACUUGGGGUCCAGCAGAGGCCACGGAAGCCUAGGGGAUGUGCAGAGCAGAGGCACUGAGUCAGAAUCAAGCAGAGGCCUGGGGUCCAGCAGAGGCCAAGCCUCGAGUACUGGCCCAGCCUCCAGCACUGCUCCGGACUCCACCACUAGCAAAGACUCCCAGAGCUUCAACUAGGGGCACCCAGCCCCCACCCUGUCUCUGGCUCCUUGGAGGACCUUCUUUGUGUCUCUGCAUCCCGAUUUUCCGUGACCCUCCAUCUUUCUCUCCCAGUUCCAGACCUCGGCCCCACAUUUCUACCUCUCUGUCAUUGUCCCUGUAUCUGUUUGCCUCAGCUCUUCAUCAUCUCAUCUGUCUCCUGGUCUCUUUCUGUUUUCCACCCUCCCUUCCCUUUCUGCCUCCCAGUCUCCCAUUGUCUUGGUUUCCCACUCAGGGUAUCUGUCUUGUCUCCACAUCUGUCUCCCAUCUCUGCUCUGACCUCUCUGGUUCUCCCCCCACCUCCUGUUCCUGCUCCCCUAUUUCUAAUUCCCGCUCCUUGUCUCCAUCUUCCAGGCUCUCCCUGCAUCUCAUGACCCUGUCUCUGUAGCUCCUCAUUCCUUGCCCUCCCCAAGAGCCCCCAGUGCUGACCAGUGGGGCAGAGAGGUCAGGGUCAGCAUGAGCUGUGACCAUAGGAAAUAAAGGUCAGAACCUGACUUUUUUUACCCCA